AUGGAACCCACCACGCCGCCCAGGCCACUGUCUCAUCGAUUCACCCUGGAGCUAGAGUUUGUUCUUUGCUUGUCCAAUCCUCUCUACCUUCAAUAUUUGGCAGUAAACUACCCUCAUCUCCUCAACAAACCAGUAGCCAGUCACAACAACGGAGACCUUGAAAAUUCCGACGCAGCUCGCUUUGCACGGUAUCUGGAAUAUCUCCUUGGAUACUGGCGCAAACCAGAAUAUGCCAAAUACCUAACCCAUCCUGGCGCCACUCUGAGAAAUCUGGCACUCCUGCAGCAAGAGCAGUUCCGUAAGGACAUAAUCAGACCUGAUGUCAUCGCCAAACUGUUCGAGACCGAUAUUGGGCAGCCCACUGUUCAAUCUGAGAAUGAAAAUCCAGCGUCUUAG